UUGUAGGAGUCGGUCGUUGUCGGACACAAGCGAAGGAGCUAAACCGGAACCAGAUCCCGAGCCUGGCGGCCAGUGCGUGCGGGAAAGUGCGUGUCCUUCUCUCUCUCCCUUUCUCUCUCUCUCUCUCUCUCUCUGGUAUUGGCGCGCGUAGGAGUGGGCGCGAGCGAGAGGACGAAUCGGCGUAACGGGACGGACAGCGGCGGGGGAAAAAAAAAGCUGCGCUGUGCGCUCGCACGUCCUCGUCGUGGGCGAAAGAGAUUUUUGGAGAGCGGAGAGUGUUCUGUGCGUGUGUUACGUGUGUUUUGUGUGUGUGUCUGUCUGUGGGUGUGUGUCACGCGUGCACGGCCACGCACGUGCCAGCGCGAGAUUUAUGCGAGAGAUUCCGCGCGAGAUCAACCUGGAUGUAUUAACGCAAAAGCUGAAGUACAGCAUAUCAGGACUCAUGAACCUCGCAACCAACCAGACGUCCGACACGACGUCCGAUGCGCAGAGCAACGGUCCCUACUUCGUUAACUUCAAUCAGGACUGCACGUCCUUGGCGGUGGGAUCAAAGUCGGGAUAUAAACUUUAUUCCAUUAGUUCCACUGGGCACCUUGAGAAAAUCUAUGAAAAUGAUGAUCCAGACUUUGAGGACAUAUGCAUCGUCGAGCGAUUGUUCAGCAGUAGUUUGGUGGCGAUUGUUAGCCUUAAGUCACCCCGUACGCUGACAGUGUGCCACUUUAGAAAAGGCACCGAGAUAUGUAACUACAGUUACUCGAAUACAAUUUUGGCUGUGAAACUCAACAGAGCGAGAUUGGUAGUAUGUCUGGAAGAAUCCUUAUACAUUCACAACAUACGAGAUAUGAGAGUGCUGCACACAAUUCGCGACACUCCACCUAAUCUUACAGGCCUUUGCACACUUUCACCAAAUAGCGACAAUUGUUAUGUGGCUUAUCCAGGGUCAAAUACGAUUGGAGAAGUACAGAUAUUUGACGCAAACCAUCUUCAAGCAAAGACAAUGAUACCUGCACAUGAUAGUCCACUGGCAGCAAUCGCUUUUAGCUCGACUGGCACCAAAGUAGCGACAGCCUCUGAAAAAGGCACUGUGAUUCGAGUCUUUGAUGUCCACGAGGGUACAAAAUUAUUUGAAUUUCGACGCGGAGUAAAAAGAUGCGUCACGAUAAAUAGUCUGUCUUUCAGCAUGGACUCUAUGUGGCUCUGUUGUUCUAGCAAUACAGAGACUGUGCACAUAUUCAAGUUGGAAGAACCAAAGGAAACGCCAAACAAACAAACUGCAGAGGAAGCACAAAGCUGGAUGGGAUAUUUGACAAAGGCUGUGACAGCGUCGGCUACGUACUUGCCGUCGCAAGUGACUGAUGUUUUUACUCAAGGACGUGCUUUCGCUAGCGUCCAUUUACCAUUUCAAGGUUUAAAGAAUGUCUGUGCCAUCACUGUAACACAUAAAGUACCAAAACUGUUAGUAGCUAGUGCCGAUGGUUACUUAUAUGUCUACUCCGUGGAUCCGACAGAAAGUGGAUGUUGCACCUUAUUAAAACAACACAGAUUAGACGAUGAAGAGCGAGACGAAUCGGAUUGUGGCGGUUCUGGUUCGGGAACGACGGCUACCGCGAAUAACACAAAUACAGCCUGCAUAAAUAGCUACGCGGGUGUGUUGCGUGGCCGCUCGCCAGACUCCAUGUCAGGUACUGAGUCAGAGAAGUAUCAGGAGAUGAUAGCGGCCACAGAAAGCCCACCGAAAGGCGGCGGCCCGUUUCGUUUGGACGACGAUACCGAGUUUCCACCUGUCACGCAAAGGACAGACUGAGCAUAACACACACAUACACACAAUUAAGGCAUAUCAAAAGAGCUCAAGCUAUGAACGGAAAUAAGAAAAACCGUGCAAGAGCAAUGAAAGGGCAUAGGGGGCACAGAGCGCAGAGGACGUCCAGUAUUUACAGACGGCCGUAUAUCCAGUACUCCGAGUUCAAUAUAGAACCAAAAACAAGAAAAUCAUCUAUAGGAUAAAUGCCCAAAUUACUGACAAUGUCCCAAAUACUGGAAAUCUACUUUAUUAGAAAAUUCAAGUUUUAAUUUAAUGAAACGUUAUAAUAAUAGGAGAUUCUUUAAGAAUUCAAGUAAAUAUACGUACAAUUAUGUAAUAAUGUAAUUUAUAUAUUCUAAAGCAUUUAAGAAUUUCUAGUAUUUGGAAGACUGUCAAUAAAUGGGUCAUGUAUCCUAAGCGAUAUUAGAGAUUGUUACGUGUUUCGUAUGCAUUAAAGCUUGAUCCAGAUGGAACAUGCACGCCAAUCAUUAGGAAGAUUGGUUUUUUAUAUGAUAAUCUGUACGUAUAGCAGAAAGAAAGGAGAGGAAGAGCAACACUCUUGGUAUUACUGAGCUGUCGGAUUUUUAAGCGGAAUUUCUGUUAUUAUUAGUUAAAUGGACAUUGCAUUUGCAAGAAGAAUGCAAUAUCGCGCGGAGAAUAUAGUAAUCCAAUGAUAACAAUUUCGAAGCGUUUUAUCGUAGGAAUUGUGCAAUGAAUUAUCUCUUACGAAGCAUAUACACAGAGGAGAAUAUUGUAACACAGCGCGAAGUAUUGUACUUCUACAUUCUGAUACUUCUGUACUUUCUAUAGAAGUACCUUAUAUAGAAAACGUACGUUUUUACUGUAGCCUAAGACUUAAGAUGCGCUCAGGAUACUCCAAUAUUGGAAAUUACGGACCAGUAUCAUCGUUUUAUUUUAAGAAAUGUGAGCUGUUUAAAAAUAUUCUGAAAUAGUCUAAGCUUUUCAGAAGUGCGACAAUUACUAUCUGUUUAAAUUCCUAUACACAUACACACGAAUAUUUUAACAAAAAAUUAUUUUAGUUUUAGGAACAUACGGAAGAAAAAUUGGUAACAAGGAUACUCAGUCUGCUUGGCAAUUUGGUGAAACCAAACAUCUAUUAAAAGAAAUUGAAAACUUAUUAAAAGAAACCGAAUAUCUAUUCAAUUAUAAAUACAUAACAAAUCCACAAUAAUUCUGACAUAUCUAAGAAUGUGUAUUUUAAACAAAAUUUACAUCGUUCGUAUCGAGUGUUCAAUGCGUAUUUAAGUCAUAUUUAAAAUUCGAUUAUAUUACGUUUUAUGUUUAUUACGAUUAUUUAUGUUCAAAAAUUAUUUUAAUGUGUUUAUAUAAAGUAUAUUUAAGAGUCGAUAUAAACAAAUUGAAUUUUAGUUUCUUACCCAUCAUAUAAAAACUAUAACAAACAGCGGAAUAAACUUUUGCUGUGCUUAAAAAACACACUUUGAAUUCGCGAUAUAGCUCACAUCUGUUUCGUUGUACGUUCCAUUGGAUUGCUAUAUUUGUUUUACGAUGAAGUCUGUAUUUUCUUCAUGUUCGGCAAAGAAAGUUCAUUUGCUUUGCAGAUGAGAAUGUAAAGACAUAUAAAUAUGUGUGGUAAACUCUGUCGAACGAUGAAUUUUAGCUGUAAUUCUUGUAUAAAAUGUAAGAUCUUUCAAUAUAUAUUAGCUUCUUGUAGAGAAAUGUAAAACGUGAUCAGAUAUAAUUUUGCCAAAAAAAUCUAUUUUGUAACGAUAUGAUACUUUGUUGGCAUUUAGAGUUCAAAAAGUCUUUGUAUGUGAAAGUACUUCAGUCUUUACGAUAAAAAUCAUGAAACAAAAAAAUGAUGAAUGAUAAAGACAAAUUAUAACGUAUUUAAAAACGCGGAAAACGGAUUUAUUCCAUCUUUUUUAAAAUCUGGAAUCACUUUAGAUCACAUUAUAUCUCGUAUCAAUAGAAUAAUUUUUCAAAUUACGAGUACCAAAUUCUAAUUCAAUGAAAGUUUUGUAUGUUGUUAUCGGACAUCACCCUAUGCUGUAUAUCUUAAUGCUUUACAUCAGACGAAUAAUUAUGUAUAAUAUGUAAUCGUAUCGAAUGUGCAAUAAGUUUCUUUGAGCGCUUCUUCGAGUCGAUUAUUGAAAAUUGUCAUGACAAUGUAAUUUGUAUAAAUAGCUAAUUAACGAUAAGAGUACAGAAAAUCUACGUUUUUGUUUAGUAUUCUGACUUUGUUAGUAGUUGAGCUUGAUUGUGAAUAUAAAAUCUCUCCAUUGAUCGGUGCCAAUUUCCCGGAAUAGAAAGACGAUGCUGGCGCUGGCGAGAAUGUUUUAUCGUUGUACGAUUAAGUGAAGAUAUAUUUCGUUUUUCUUUUGAUUCUUUGUAGCGUAUUGUAAUUUACUGGAUCUUCAUAUACAUGUGUGUGUGUGUGUGUGUGUGUGUGUGUGUGUGUGUGUGCGUGCGUGUGUGUGUGUGCGUGUGUGUGUGUGUGUGUGUGCGCGUGUGUGUUUGAUUACAAUAGUUCUUCAUCGUGUGAACUGUGAGACAUUCGGCGCGAUCGCAAGUAUGUCAGUAUCGUAGAACCAUAAAUGUGUCAUGUCGUUACGGCGGUUUUAUACUAACGAGUUUUAUUUGGUAAAUAGUCUUACUUUUAUAAAGAUAAAUAAGGGCGUUGAAAUAACCAAUGUACAUAUGAACGUGCUAAGGCUUAAGCUUUGAACGUCAUUGCGUAUGAAGUUUCUUAUUAACACACGUGAUUGUGCUGGUCUGCAAAAGAAAAAACUGCAAGUUUCUCCUUAUUUACGAUUGGUUCAACAUACCAUUUUUAUUUGUAUUUAAUAAAAUUGCUGACGAUUUUUUAUAAA